AUGGACUAUGCAUGUAGUGGAAAUUUAAGAAGAAACAAACCAUCAACAUCCGAAGUUUUGGAAGAUUGGAUUUAUCUUUCUGAUGAAAAGAAAAUUGAAGAUAUUAAUGAGGAAAUAAAAGACCAAAUUAUGGAAUUUGGCACGGUGGUCAACUUAAAUACAGUUCAAGCGAUCCAAAAGGAUAUCUUCGAAGAAAUAUGGAUGGCUCACAACCGAUACCUUAAAGAUUGGGAAACUCUCGAUAAUAUCACUAAAAAUCACAAGAAAUCUUACGAUACGUUUAGUGACGCAGCUAAUAUCGCACGUCGUCGUCAACAUCACAAUUCAAGAUCCUUAUACCCGAACGCGAUCAAAGGCGGGGUCGACACAUUUUACCCCGAUGUGGAUGAUUCUUUUAUUUUUACUUUUAAUAUUUCUAAUAAAACUGGUCAUGCCUAG